UAUUCGGCCUCAUGGGUAAACAAACCACCGACCUCUGAAUAUGAGUAGACGUAUGGAAAAGACGGGUCGUUUUCUGUGGGAGGGGUAGGGUGACGGCAGGACGCGGGCUGCCCACAGAACACUGGCCAGCGGGACGGACUGCUACAUCAACAGGAAACUGGCUAAUGAUUUCCGGCUGGAGAUUCCCGUGUGUCUGACGCUGUACCACAGGUGUUCUGCCUCGCCAGGUGUACCUGUGUCUUUCCCCGCCUCAGCAGCCCGGGUCUGCCCGCGCCAACCGCAGGAGUGGGGCGCCCAUUGAUAGCGGGAUAUCGGAGACCGCUGAACAAGGGGGUUAAAACAACUACAUAUCACCUUAAUAUGCUUCCGUUGUCAUAACCACCCCGGUGGUCAUAUCAUAUGAUAUUUGCCGUCUUAUGAUGCUGCGUGCAUGUGGCGGCAGCUUGGGCGGGUGAGAGUGGACAGGUGACAGUACUGAUGAGUGACAGUUGGUCGGACGGGCGCGCACUCCACUCCUCAUCCGGCACUAGACUGGGAUUUUUCUCGGAGUUCUUUGUAGCUGUUGCCAAGGUAUCAGUAGUGUGAGAUAUCAGUCAGCGACCUCCACAUCCAUAACUGUCGUCUGCGAGGGGUGUCCAUAGCGACGUGAGCUAACGCAAGGGACAAGAGGGGACGUGUCUGUCUGGGUGACGAGGGCCAAGGAACAACUGCGGGAGGAGUCCCAGUACCCGGGGCCUCUCCUGGACUGCCGCCCGCCGCCUUACUCGGCUCCAGGUACGACUCGGCUCGGCAGGAUGGCUGGUCUGGUCCGAACAAGGGUCCAGUCUCCCCGCCGGAACUCCGUCACGCCUGUAGAAGGAGAUGACAUCCAGCUCCAAGACAUCCGAGUCAAGAACGGGACGGAGAGUAGACUUUCCUGUGGCAAUCAGCCUCCGAGCUCCGAGGACGAAGGGUUCAGCUCCCGGUCGGGCGGAACCCCAGACAGAACCCCGGGCAGGUCCCGGUUAGACUCACGACGAGGCAUCCCGAAUCGAGCAUUCGAAAUGGACGCCAACAUACAACAAGGGAGGGGGAAAGACGGCGACGUUACCUUCGAUUUGGAGGCGAAUAGGCCUAACACAACAAGUACUUUUCAAUCUAACCUUGGGGAUAACAAGCGCAGGACGCACGGCAAUGUUGGAGAAGACAUAGGGAGCACUAGUGACUUAAGCUGUGACAGUGAUCAGGAGGAGGCGGAGGAUUCUGAGGUUCACACGGAUGACAUCCACGGUGCUCUGGUUCAAACCGCACCGGACCAGGUCUGGUGGCGGAAAGUCUUUCGGAGAACGUUCAGUCCUGAACCUGCAGGACUCAUGCUGUUCUGGAUGGUAGUUGUGACUCUUGCUGUUCUCUACAACUCGUGGACUAUACCUGUUCGGGGAAGCUUUGCAGAUCUACAGAAUAACUACUCUGGAGCCUGGUUCUUCCUCGACUACCUCUGCGACAUCAUCUACAUUAUCGAUAUAUACAUCUGUUUUAGAACAUGGUUUCUAAAGGACGGCGCACCAGUUACUGAUGCAGCGGCAAUCACCAAACGUUACAAGAGGUCUCCGUUUCUUUUCGUAGACAUCGGCUCUAUUCUACCCUUGGACCUUCUGUACCCUGCGACAGGAGUCAACCCUUUCCUCAGGAUCGGGCGCGUGUUACGUCUCUACAGACUGUACGGCUUCACACAGAGAGUGGAGCUGCGAAUCCGCUGGCCUAACGUGUGGCGAAUGGCCCUUACCAUCCACAACCUGAUGUUAGUACUACACUACAACGCCUGUCUGUACUACCUAGUUUCACUGGGUGAGGGACUGGGACAGACCAGCGGGAGUUGGUCGUUCCUGGACCCGGUCCUGUUCCCGGACUACUCGGCCCUGUCCAGGAAGUACGUCCACUGUCUCUACAGAUCCACCGCGAGUCUUACACUGGUCGGCGGGCUGCCUCAUCCCGAGACCAACGGACAAUAUAUCUACGCGGUUUUGCAGUGCAUUCUGGGCCUGUUCCUAGUCGCCUAUGUUAUAGGCCAAGUGGGCUGUCUGAUGUUCCACAGGAAGCUCCAAAGAUUUGAGUUUGAGAAACUGGUGCAAAACUCCCGGCAAUUGAUGCAACAAAACGACGUGGCGAAGGAAACGCAGGAGAAAGUACAGCGUUUCUAUGACUACUCCUGGGCAAACGCUCAAGUCAACUUCAUCGACGAGGCGAUGUGUUUGAAGCAGAUCCCGGAGCCGCUGCGGCGUCAGGUCACCCUGUCCCCGGCAGUGGACAAACUCAAACAGAUUCCACUCUUCAAAGAUUGUGAGGCCCCGUUUUUGGAAGACCUGGGUUCACGGUUGAAGUCGAGACUAUUCUCUCCCGGCGAUUUCGUGUGCAAAGCCGGUGAGAUCGGACGGGAGACGUACUUCGUCGUGCAGGGGGUACUGGAGGUCAUCAGUGAAAACGACGACGAGGUGAGCCGGCUGACUACAGGCAGUGUUGUCGGGGAGGAGAGUCUGUUGAACCCGUACAGAGGGUCGCGGCGCUCCGCUGAUGUGGUGUCCACGGGUUUCUCCCAGCUGCUCCUGCUCACCAACUCCGAUGUGGUGGAGACCAUGUAUGACCACCCCGCCUCCAGGGAGGCGAUAACCGUCCACAGCCGCCGGAGACUGCAGGACGUCCUGAGCCUUCCGCCAGAGAGCGCUGGGAACGACUCGGGAUUCCGCAGCAGAAGGGAUUCCGUCACUCCCCUCUCGUACCCAGACUCCCUGUCCAUCAGCCUGGCGCGGAGGAUGAGCGACAACCAGCUGACGUCACUGUCCAAGUACAGAAAACGUUUCAGGAGGGUGGACAGUAACGAUAGCUGCGUGCCGCCGUCCCCCCUGGCCCAGAGCUUCGUGGCGCCGUCCAGCAGCCGGAGUCGGCGCAGUGGGAUGCUGGAGCCCAUCCCCAUCGAGCUGGUGGACAGACUCGCCGCCGCGUACGAGCAGAACGCGCGGGCACUCAAGUGCUCCAUCGAUAGCGUCCUGGACCGUGAGGUGCGCGGGCUGCGCCAGCGGCUACAGGAGGCGGACCAGGACCGGGAGGCACGGCAGAUCGAGAUCGCCAUGCUCAGGAAGAAGCUGAAGGAGAAAGACACGUACUCCACAGCUGAUGUGAGAAAUCAGCCAGGCGAAGAGGCGCAGGUGUGGACCCGGCCGGCUUCGGGUACCAGGGCGGUUGGCAAGAGGAGGAGGUCCGAUCACACCAUCGUCACCAUGCCGGAGGAACCGGAGCCGCCGACGUCACCCUCUCCUGUCACCGUGGAUGGCUCCUCUACUAUAGACUCAGGCGCACACAGCACGACUGCCACAGAGAACAGCCAGGGCAAGUCUGAUGUGACAUCUCGAAAGUCAAUAACGCCAGUCGAGGCCCCAGAAAAACUCGCUUGCACGGCUUCGACAAAACCCGGCCUCCCUCUGAAGAGGGUCGGGUCGCCCGAGGACUCGGAUUCGGGGCUUUCGCCUGGCGACAACUCUUCCUGACCAUUGGUUAGGCCUAGGACUUGCACGUAUGUAACGCCUAGAACUUCAAACACAUUCCUCAAGUUACAAAGAAGCUGUCCAAAUGCAUCUAUCUUGUACUGAAAUCGUUAUCAGCCAAGAGAUUUCAGCGGGAACGAUACUUCGUUUUCCUAACGUUACUUCGAGUGAGCAAGAACGUCAAAUCUUCUGUGUCGCAAUUUGUCUUCCUUCAACUUUCCUUGCACGUAUUUUACCUGCACAGAUUGAAAUUGUGCAAGAAGUCUAUAAGUGCGUUAUGUUUAACCGGGAAAAAUUAAGUUAACUUUUCAGUUUUGUUAUUUACUCUGGAGUAUUUUUUUAACCAAAGAUAUAUGUACAUGUAUAUGGAAACGAAAUCAUUAUUUGGAAAGGCUUGUAGGGUAGUUCACGUUUUUUGUUGCACAUGCUUGCUUUAAGUCAGGUGUUUCGAACGUAUGGAGAUUUUGCGGUGAAGAUGAUAUGGAAACGCAGGAAAUAAUUUAACUGAUAUUUUGCUAGGUUAUAAUUGCGAACACCCUUUUUGUUAGCGCCCAGACCUGUUGUGUCGUGCUAAAUUUCAGACCUUUAAUACCAUGCAUGCUGUUUUGUCUAUGAUAGUAGACUAUGUAUUUGAUGUUGUGACUGGAAAAUUCAAGUCACUCUCUCCUUCUAAGUUACUAUCUGCAUAUGUUAUGUCCGUGCAAUUGGCUUCCAUGAACUAGUGACCACUACUUUUAUGUACAUGGAAUAUUUUCAAAAGCCAUAGUUGAUAUCUUUUCUGUAACUAUUAAAGCUUUUGCUUCCUCAUGA